UUAAUUGGCCUUACACUUCUUUAAAUUGCUUUUCUUUCUCACAAACAAACUUGGUGCAUUACUCUGCUUAUAAUUACUGCCACACCAAAGCUAUAUCUAUAUAUGUGUUUUCUAGCUACUUACUGUUAGAGAUUGAUAUUGAUCACUAUGCUGUUUUUGUUUCCUCUACAGAAAUAUAUGGAUAGAGUUUGGGUGGUGGUGCUCUUAAUCUUAAUGGUUUUGUCUAAUAUCAAUAUUGGAAUCAUUAUUAUUGCUUCUAGUACGAUGAGUAGCAACGAGUCAAGUACUUCUAAAGCUCCUGCAGUUGUCAACGUUGGAGCUCUUCUUUGUUUCAAUUCUAAUGUCGGAAGAGUAGCAAAAGUUGCAAUAAAUGCAGCAGUUGAUGCAGUCAAUUCUGAUCCAACCAUUCUCAAUGGAACCACUCUCAAAGUUUCCAUGCAGGACACCAAAACCAGUAGCUUUCUCAGCAUCCUCGAAGCUUUGCAGUUUAUGGAGAAUGACACAGUGGCCAUAAUAGGGCCAGAAUUCUCAGUGAUGGCCCAUGUAAUCUCACACAUGGCAAACGAGCUCCAAGUGCCUCUCUUGUCAUUCGCAGCCACAGACUACACACUAGCCCCUCGUCAGUUCCCUUUCUUCGUGAGGACAACGCUAAGUGAUGCCUUUCAAAUGGCCGCCGUGGCAGAGCUCGUUGGCUACUACCAGUGGAGGGAUGUAGUAGCUAUCUACGUAGACGACGACUUUGGACGAAAUGGGAUCAUCGCACUCGGUGACAGGUUGGGCGAGAAGCGUUGCAAGAUCUCACACAAAGCACCUCUCACCCCAAAUGCUGAUAAAAGUGAGAUAACCAAAGCACUGGUUCAAGUGAGUUACAUGGGGUCAAGGAUUGUCAUCGUCCACGUCUACGACACUCACGGUCUAAUGCUGCUUAAUGAGGCCAAAGCUUUGCAAAUGAUGGAGAAUGGAUAUGUUUGGAUAACCACAGACUGGCUCUCCACCUCAUUGGACUCAGACCCAACACUGAUUUCCCAAAAAUCUGAAGACAUUCAAGGGGUUCUCACCUUGCGGAUGUACACACCAGAUUCUCCAAUGAAAGCCGAGUUCGUUUCGAAAUGGCCUAACUUAACACGUACAGAAGUUACUGAUGGCUCCACUGGUUGGGGGCUCAAUACAUACGGUCUCUAUGCUUAUGACUCGGUUUGGCUUCUGGCCAAGGCCAUGGAUUCACUCUUCAAGAGAAAGGGCAACUUUUCAUUCUCCACUGAUCCAAACUUGGGUGAGUUGAGUGAAGGGAGCAUCGAGCUGGGUGCCUUGAGCGUCUUCAAGGGAGGGAAGCUCUUGCUUGAGAGCAUUACCAGUAUGAACAUGACAGGAGUAAGCGGUCAGAUUAUGUUCAACUCGGAUAUAGAGCGAGCUGGUCCUGUUUAUGAAAUCAUAAAUGUGAUAGGAACAGGAACAAGGAAAGUUGGUUAUUGGAGCAACUCUUCUGGUUUGUCCAUUUUGAGUCCUGAAAAGGAAGCACUCAGAAGAAAGCAGCCCAAUGCUGCAGCUGACAACUCGAGCCAUAAACUGUACGGUGUCAUAUGGCCAGGACAAACCACGUCGAGACCCCGCGGUUGGGUUUUCCCCAACAACGGGAAGCGAUUCAGAAUCGCAGUCCUGAAACGGGUUAGCAAUAGCGAAUUCGUGUCACAGCUUGAAGGUUCAGGGACCUUCACUGGCUACUGCAUAGAUGUGUUUAAUGCAGCCUUGGAACAGUUGUCGUAUGAUGUCCCUUGUGAGUUCAUUGCUUUCGGAGAUGGUCAUUCCAGCCCUUCAUUCAUGGAGCUUCUACGCAUGAUCUCAAAAGGCGCUUUUGAUGCAGCGGUUGGUGACAUCACAAUCACCACCAACCGAGCACAGAUUGUGGAUUUCACGCAGCCAUACAUAGAGGCAGGGCUGGUGGUGGUUGCCCCAGUAAGGAAGCUCCACUCAAGCGCUUGGGCUUUUCUAAGACCUUUCACGCCUAUGAUGUGGUGUGUCACAGGCAUUUUCUUCCUAAUCGUGGGAGCUGUUGCUUGGAUCUUGGAGAGACGUACUAAUGAAGAUUUUCGGGGAACUCCAAAAAAGCAACUCGUCACCAUCAUGUGGUUUAGCUUUUCAACUCUCUUCUUUUCAUACAGAGAAAGAAUAGGCAGCAAUCUGGGCCGUUUUGUUCUUGUAAUAUGGCUAUUCGCAGUUCUAGUGCUCAACUCCAGCUACACUGCAAGCCUGACCUCAAUUCUUACAGUGGAAAAACUCUCAUCUUCUAUUAAAGGCAUUGAAAGCUUAAAGACUAGCAACGAUCCCAUAGGCUAUCCAAAUGGUUCGUUUAUCGAGAAUUACUUGACCAACGAGCUCAACAUACAUAGGUCGAGGCUUGUUCCACUUAACUCAUUCGAAGAGUACGAGAACGCCUUAAGGAAUGGCCCCAGCAAGGGAGGCAUUGCAGCAAUAGUCAAUGAGCGUGCAUACAUGGAGCUCUUCCUCUCCACAAGAUGUGAAUUUAGCAUUGUUGGCCCAGAGUUCACUAAAAUGGGCUGGGGCUUCGCCUUCCCUAAAGACUCACCACUGGCGGUUGACAUGUCAACAGCCAUAUUGAAACUGUCUGAGACUGGAAAUCUUCGGAGAAUUCAUGACAAAUGGCUCAUGAGAAGUUCUUGCACCUCGGAAGGCACAAAGAAAGAUGUCGACCGUCUUGAGCUGAAAAGCUUUUGGGGCCUAUUCUUGCUGAGUGGGAUUGCUUGCCUUGUUGCUUUGCUCUUGUAUCUCUUCAAAAUGUUACGCCACUUCUUCAACAACCACUCAUCCCUUGGCAAUGCUACCUCUCAAUCUCCCACCAUCCAUUCUUUCCUUGCAUUUCUCAAUGAGAAGGAGUAGCAACUAACUACCUUCAAGUUCAAGUCACUCCAAGUGAAAUAGAAGCACCAACACACAAUAACUACACUGCGUGGCUCCCGAUAUAAAAUUGUACUAAUAGCAGUAUGCCAAUUUCAUAUAGUAGUGUUCGGCACCACCGGUGUCCUUUAGCACUAGCUAGAUUGUUGUAAUUGCACGAUUUCAGAAGAGCUGGCCUUGUACAUUUUUUUUCAGCUAUAAAUACCUUAUCAAGGCUUUUGGGAAAA